AUGAGCAGCGAUGCGCGCGCGUCCGCGUCGGCCGCAGCAAAUCCGGCUCCCAUGGACGCAUCCAUCGACGAACUGCCUUUGACUGCCGGUUUGAACUCGCGCCCGUCUACCACGUCGGUACCCGUCAGACCUGCGAGCCAACACCACCAUACGCACAACAACCUCUACCACUACAGCGCUGCCUUUCCCUCCACGGCAGUGUUGACGUCGGCCGCUGCCUCGUCGCGUAUGCAGUACCGCAGCCGGCCCGUGUCCGUCGCCGUCGACCCCGUCUCGCUCGUGAUCUCAGAGUGCAUCAACAUUACCUCGGCCAUACAAAAGUAUGCCCGCUCGCAGCACCUGUCCGUGUCGGCCAUCCUCGGCGGCAGCGCGCCCAAUACGACCGUGGCUCAGUCGUUCCGGCUCGGCGCAAACUCUGCAGAGACGGCCAGCCGUCGUGCAGGCGGCCGUCGGGGCGCAGCCGGUGCUCGCAGCCGGCCAGGCUCUGCUGGCGGCGGUGCCGACGGCGACUUUGGCCCGGCUAGCCGCUGGGGGCUGCGUGGCAAGAAGGGCAAGAGCAUGGCCGACAACCCGCUGAUCUCGGGUUUCGGCCGUUUGCGCCAAGAGUUGGCCGGUGUCGAAGGUAAGACGAAUAUGAAGAGCCAAGGACGGAGAGUCAACGUCUGGUGUGCAAGGGAAAUGCUAACGGCACAUGCAGACAUCAACAGCUUCGACUCUCUCACUCUCCUCUAUCCGUUCCUCCAAAUCAUCCAAGCAAAGGGCACAGCCGCCCCGAUUACCAUUCUCACGUUGCGCGCCGUUCGCAAGUUCCUCGCCUACGGCUUCAUCAGCCCCGACUCCCCUCGCUUCCCGCUGGCCAUGCAGGCGCUCUCUCAGGCUAUUACGCAUUGCCAGUUUGACAUCAGUGACCACGCACAGGAGGAGGUUGUGCUCCUCAUGAUCCUCAAUCUCAUGGAGGACAUGCUGUCGGGUCCGGGCGGUGACAUUCUGAGCGACGAGAGUGUCUGCGACAUGAUGGGCCGCGGCUUGACAAUAUGCUCUCGUCCGCGUUACUCGGAGGUGCUUCGCCAAACGGCUGAGGCCACCAUGGUGCGCAUGUGCCAGAUAAUCUUUGAAGAUCUCAAGCACCUGGAAGAGGAGGCCGGUGAGGAGGCGGAUGCCCUGGACCGCCAGACCAACGCAGACAUGGACAGUGUCAAGAUGGUGCCAGGCGCCGAAACACACCCCUCUCCGCUACCGGGUGCGUCUUCUACGCCCACGGCCGUCCUAGCCUCCACCGGUGCGCUUGUACCAUCUUCCAGCGAGGUCAAGAAACCAGUGGCCGAAAAGCCAGUCCAAAGAGGACGUACCAGCUCCAGCAGCGAUGGUGAUGGCACCGCCACUACCGGCUCAACUGGCGACGCUGAGGAAGUACAGCCCCUUCAGAAGCAGGCUGCUGACAGUGGUUCUGUAGGCAUGGAUGGCGCCGACCGUCCGUCCGUCGACACCCCCACAGAUGAUACGGAGGAAAAGAGCAUGGUCUCGACUACGGAGGACUCCGAGUCUGUCGACCUGCGGCCCUACUCGCUGCCGUCUGUACGCGAACUGUUCCGCGUCCUGGUUGAGUUCCUCAACCCCAACCAGCGCAAGCAGCAGCCGGACACAAUGAUUGUCAUGGCCCUCCGCAUCAUUCACGUGGCGCUCGAGGUAGCUGGCCCAUCCAUCGCCCGCCACCCUGCUCUGGCGUCGGUUGCCCAAGACCGCCUCUGUUGCUACCUCUUCCAGCUCGUGCGCUCCGAUAACAUGGCCAUUCUGCAAGAGUCGCUUAUUGUCGCCUCCACGCUGCUGUCUACCUGCCGCGGCGUCCUGAAGCUACAGCAGGAGCUCUACCUCUCCUACCUCAUUAGCUGCCUCCACCCUGCUGUCGACAUCCCUCGGGAAGCCAACAUUGACCCGUCACUGUACGAAGGCAUCCCACAGGCUCCGAAACUGGUGAAGCCACCGCCGUCGCAAGUGAGCAGCGGCCGCUCCACGCCAGUGCAAAUCAAGGACCGCCAAAAGCUGGGUAUGGAAGGGGGCAUGCGGAAACCGGAGGCGCGCCAGGCCAUGGUCGAAAACAUUGGUGUCCUGGCACGGAUGCCUACGUUUAUGAUUGAGUUGUUUGUCAACUACGACUGCGACACCGAUCGCACCGACUUGUGUGAGGACAUGAUCGGCCUGUUGUCGCGCAAUGCGCUGCCCGAUUCGGCCACAUGGAGCACCACCAGCGUCCCGCCCCUCUGCCUGGAUGCCCUGCUGCGGUUCGUGCAGUUCAUGGCUAUGCGCCUCGAGCUGCCGCCCGUCUACGAGGGCCUGCCGGAUCCUGCCAAGCUGCGCGAAUCACGGGCCCGUAAGAAGAUCAUCAUCCGCGGCACCAACAAGUUCAAUGAGAACCCCAAGGGCGGCCUGGCCCUGCUCCAGGACAAGGGCAUUAUUGACGAUGCGACCAACCCUAUGUCUGUUGCCCGCUUCCUCAAGGGCACGUCUCGUAUUUCCAAGAAGAUGGUGGGCGAGUUCAUCUCAAAGAAGGGCAACGACGCUGUCCUGGCUGCGUUUAUGGACCAGUUCGACUUCAAAGACAAGCGCGUUGACGAGGCGCUGCGAAUGAUGCUGGAGGCAUUCCGUCUGCCGGGCGAGUCGCCUUUGAUUGAACGGAUUGUUACUGCCUUUACCGAAAAAUACUGCGCAGGCGAGAUGCCCGAGGAUGUGGCUGACAAGGAUGCCGUCUAUAUUCUAACCUAUGCCGUUAUCAUGCUCAACACGGACCAGCACAACCCCAAUGUGUCCAAGACCCAGAAGCGCAUGGCCGUCGGCGACUUUGCGCGCAAUCUACGCGGCCAGAACGGCGGCAAUGACUUUGCGACCGAGUACCUACAGGACAUUUUCGACUCGAUCCAGUCCAACGAGAUCAUCCUGCCCGAGGAGCACGACAACAAGCAUGCCUUUGACUACGCAUGGCGCGAGGUUCUGAGCAAGACGGAUGCGGCUGGUCCCCUCAUCAUCCCCGACACCAACAUUUACGACGCCGACAUGUUUGCGACGACAUGGCGGCCCAUCGUUGCAACCCUCUCCUACGUAUUCAUGUCCGCCACCGACGACACGGUCUUUAGCCGCGUCAUCCAGGGCUUCGACGAGUGCGCGCUAAUUGCGGCCAAGUACGAGAACACCGAGGCCCUCGACCAGAUCGUGUACUGCCUCAGCCACAUGUCCACCCUCUCGCAGGUCGUACAGUCCAACACGAGCCUCAACACCGUGGUCCAAGUCGACAAGAGCAGUGUCAUGGUCAGCGAGCUGGCCGUCAAGCUCGGCCGCAACUUCCGCGCCCAGUUGGCUGCUCUAGUGCUCUUCCGCGUCGUGUCGGACCACGAGCACAUUCUGCGCAACAGCUGGAAGCAUGUCAUCCGCAUCUGGCUCAACCUAUUUGAAAACUCGUUGAUUCCGGUCUUCUCCCUCAGCGAUUCUGGCGUCAAUGACCUGCCAACCAUUCCACUACAGAGUCCUGGCCAGGUGAUUGACCGUGGCACCAAGCAAAACGAGAGCGGCUUCUUUUCGGCAUUUACGUCGUACAUAUCGAGCUACGCGGCCGACGACCCGCCCGAGCCGUCGGACGAAGAGCUCGAGAGCACGCUUAGUGCUAUCGACUGCGUGAACUCGUGCCACGUCGACCACGUCUUUGCCAACGUUUCGAACCUGUCUGGCGACAGCUUGGAAGCGCUCGUGGAUGCGCUCCUCGACCAGAUCCCGGAGGAUAAUGCCGCUGGCGUCGUGAUCAAGGUCAAGUCUGAUAACGUCCCACCGACCUCGCCCGCCAAUCCCAACAACAAGCCGCCCAAUACGCCUCCCUACGAGCCCAGCCCCGUCUACAUCCUCGAGCUCUGCACCGUGCUGGCACUCCGCAGCGAAGCGAGCGUCCAGCUCGUCGGUAAGCGCGUAGUCGACGCAUUGCAGGGCAUCCUGCGCGACGUGUCGCGCUUCCAUCCCAUCUUUAUCGGCCGUGCCACGUACUACCUCUUUAGCCUCCUUCGCGCAAGCUACAACUUCGACUAUGUCCGUGUGCCUAUGUUGCUCCACGCCGUCUCCAGCUUCCACAAGGAGACGCUCAAGUCCACGGCCUCGGUAAUCCUCAAGGGCCUCAAGCUCUGUAUCGCGACGCCCGGCCCUCUACGGAGCGAGAUCAUGACGUCGCCUGACUUUUGGGCCGUGCUCGGGACGUUGUCGGGCUACGAAGAAUCGGCCGCGACCGUUUUUGAGAUUCUCGAGAGCGGCGUUAGUGGCUCACCGCCGGCCAUUCUGGCUGACAACUAUGAAGCCGCCAUCAUCCUGUGCAACGAGUUUGCCACGGCGGCCAGCAUUGGCGCCGUGGCCGAGCAGCAGCUCGACCGUAAGAACCGUCGCGUGAGCCGGCCGCCCAGACAGGAGAAGGCGAGCGACAAUGCGGCUGUCCAACGGGGCAUCAAAGCCAUCAAUAUUAUCUACAACAUGACGUCGCGCAUUCCCUACUUGAUGAAGCAGUCGCACUUGGAAAGCAGCGAAGCAUGGUCUGCAUACUGGCUGCCCAUAUUCCAGGCGCUCACCAACCAAUGCACCAACCCAUGCCGUGAAGUGCGGCACCUCGCCUUCUCGUCGCUGCAACGGUCCCUGCUGUCGCCCGAACUGACGUCAAGCGACCACCGCGAGUGGACCGCCAUCUUCAGCGAGGUACUCUUCCCGCUCAUCCUCAAGCUCUUGCUGCCCGAGGUCUACUCAUCGGACCGUGAUGGCAUGAGCGAGACACGCGUCCAGGCGGCGUCGCUACUCUGCAAGGUGUUUUUGCAGUAUCUUGUGUUGCUGUCAGCCUGGGACGGCAUGCUGGAUCUGUGGCUGAAGAUUAUUGAUAUUCUCGAUCGCCUUAUGAACAGCGGCCAAGGCGACAGUCUCGAGGAGGCCGUGCCCGAGAACCUCAAGAAUGUGCUGCUGUUCAUGGCGAGCAGCGGCUACCUGGUGGCGCCCAGCAUCGACAAAUCCAAGGAGGAGCUGUGGGUCGAGACGUGGAAGCGCAUCGACCGAUUCCUGCCGGACCUGAAGAGCGAACUCGCUCUCGACGGUACCAACGACAGCCAAGACGAGUCGCCACCGCCAGAGGAGACCACGGAAGGAGCUGUUGCCGAUGGCGAGGAGAACGAAAUGGAUGAUGAGGAUCGGAAAAUCGAGGAAUCCACCGAGGUAGACGAAAAGGAAACAGACGCGACGUAA